GCAUUAGCGCAUUAUAGCUGCUAGACUAACGUAAUGCCCCCACCUAAACUUGUCCAGUACAAUAAACACUUCAACUUUGUAGUUUCAAUUCGACUUGAAAGUAUCAACAUCUUCAAUCUCAUCUAAUCCCAUCUUAGGGACUCUAUGACGUGAAAUUCACCUGGUCCUACGCGCAAGUAAACAUAAACAGCCCAAUUGAGUUAAUAUACGAAGAAUCGGGUCGAAUUUAGCCGAGUUAAGACGCGACGAGAAUAUCAACUAAGACUUCGUUCUUGUACAACGAUCCGCAGCAACGCGCAGACUGCUACCAAACCACGACUCUCGUUAGGCUCGCCAUCAAGCUAAUUACGAGCUUCUUCUCCGGCUUUAACAGCCUUUAAAGCUCCUAACAACAACAACACAUCCCCAAAAAUGCCACCCCGAAAACGCAAGCCCAACCCCCCUGCCUCCCCAUCACCACCACCACCACCACCCGCCCGCUCGCCCUCCCCCGACCGUUCCGCCACCGCAUCCGCAUCCGCCUCCCCCAGCGCCAACUCCUCCUACCACUCCUCCUCCGCCGCCGCCGCCGACGCCGACCCCCCGCGCUUCUUCAACACAACAUUCACCACCUACCGCGCCUCGCCCUUGUACCUCGGCUCGCAAGGUCUACCGCCGUCGCGUCUGGACCUGCUAUCCCGACGCCUGCGCGACGCGCUCGUCGGCGACGUGGUGCGUGGCGUGCAGGUCGGUCUUGGGCCCGAGGGCGACGGAGGGGCCGCGCUGGGGCGCACGGGGGCGUUGUAUGGGGUUGAGUGGCGGUGGGUUGAUGCGGAGCGGAUUUUGGGGGAUAGAGGCCGUGGAAGGGAGGGGAGUGUGGAGUUGGGGAAUGGUGAUGGUGAUGGAGAUGAGGGUGGAGAAGGGGGGAGGAGGAGGAGCGGGACGCGCGUGAUGUGUAUUGAGUUGAGGUAUGAGAAUGCGCGGUUUAGCGCCUUGCUUUUGCCUGAUCUAGGCGGGGAGGACGGUUCGGCGGGUUCUAGGGACCAGCUUUCUUGGACGUGGAAGAUGGAUGAAGAAGGUACUACUGGCUCGCGAGCGAGUGAGGCAGAGAAGGGCGCUUUCUUACAUCUUCCGCUCCUUCUAUUCCGGAUGCCCGCGCCUCUAAAGUCCGUGCUAGUCGAUUUCCUAUCAAGCACCUUCGACUGCCGCAUCAGUCCCCUUGCGCUAGGCACGCGGUCGCUUAUAAGUAGUUGGGAGGCCUGGCUCUCCGACAACGGGUCUAAUAAUGGGCGAAAGGCACUAAGCAAAGACGUUCUCAUCACACUAGGCUUUCAUAUCGAACCUCCCGAGCCGAAACCAAAAGCCUUAGGAUCAGGCGGCAGUGGCGAAGGAGAGGGCAAUGGCGGAGAUCAAGUCCAGAAGUCCGAGCAGCGCCAGCUUGGGUUGAAGAGUAUCGAUAUCACUAUCCCCGCCGCAGACGUGCACCGCUUUCUACGCGCAGGUGAAAGACUUGACGAGUCCCAAGGCGCCAACGCGAGAAAGAGGAAAGCGGACGCGGCAACCAUCCUAUCAGACGAGCAACAGAGCAGAAGGCGGCGGAAACUUGCGGGUGGCAGAGACGAAGAGGGAUGGGCAUGGCGAACGCGUAACGGCGGCAGCGGCGAUGACGAUAAGGGAGUCCAAACCGAGAUCAUCGAGCAGCCCUUCACCGAAGCCCUGGCCGAGUACGUGUGGCACCAUCUCGGGUUAGACAUGUUCCACCCGGGCGUUCGCAUCCAGCGGGUCGCCUGCGACGGCUUCGCGCUGUCGGACGGGAGGCUGAAAGUAUUUGCCCCUGGCCGGCACCGUGACGGCGACGAGGAAGAAAGUGCCGUGUGGAAGUUAAUGAGAGGACUCGCGCAGAGAGCUAAGGGUAGGUCGGGUUGGAGCAGUGCUGUGAUGAAGGGCUUGGUUGUGCCAUAAUGGUGAAAGUGGAUGACCGUUGUGAGAUAAGUCGGCUUGUAAACCAUAAACAUAAACAUUGCAAUGCAAGAGCUUAUGGGCGUUGGGUUGAAUAAGGGCUACUCAACCGACGGUAUGGCUGGAUAUGUGGAAUGGAUGGAUAUCGAUACCCUUUUGAAUGAAUAAUCGGAAAUCA